AUGAAUUUUGUCGAUUUAAUAGCGGAGCAAACUCUCGUGACGUAUGCAAUCACAACUGUACAGCAAAUGCAAGUCAACCACGUCGGCAAAGUCACUGCGGCCUACCAUACCAUUGCCGUCGAGUUGGGCGCCUAUCGGCAAAGUAUCAGUGGCUCUUCAAUAUUAAAAAUAAUUUGUCUUACAGAACUUUGCACGGCAGCUGAGCGGGGCAGAUGCACCAUGGAAGAGGCCACUGAGAAGUACAGAAGCGCCGAGAGCACUGUCGCCGCUUACAAGACCUUCGUCGACGCCAUCACUUUCAUGACCAUAGUAAUUGAAUCUGACGGAAGACAACUCUAAACCGGCUUGACUGAAAUUUCAGAAGAACAACUAUCACGUUUUGCAAGCGCCUGACCGACUCGCUUUUGCUGUAUUCAUGAAAAUGCUCACUUCCAAUGAACCUGGUAAACUGCGUCGCCUGACAACGAAAACGUAUGCAUGUUUUCAGAAACCUUGCCGGCUUUCCACGUGUCUCAGAUUUAUGGAUUAGCUCCACAACAGGAUGCCGGGCAAGGAGGAGAGCCAGAGAACGGACAGGGAGGACAGGCGCAGAAGGGACAGGAAGAAGCACCGGCAGUUGAUGGACAGGAAGAAGAGGAGGAAGAUGAGGAAGAGGAGGAGGAAGAGGAGGAGGAAGAGGAAGAGGAAGAGGAAGAGGAAGAGGAGCAUGCCUAG